AUGCCAAGUACAGCAAUCCAAAAAUUAUUAUUAACAAUUUCUAUAUUUUUAAUCGUUGCUGGACUUGCAUUAACUAUUGCUGGAUUAGUAUCUCCAGCUUGGCAAGUUGUUGAUAUUCGGGAAUUUAGAGCAGAACAUCAACACGGGCUUUGGUGGGAUUGUAUUAGAGCUGAGAAGCAUGUUGUGGCUGUUGGCGAUUUUUAUGACGAAGCUCCUCUUCACUGCAUGUACAAAUUUGACGAAUCAGCAGCCCUCGUUAUUGAAAAUACUCUUAAUCGAAUUGACGAAGACGGGGCAGCUGGAGAAGCAGAACACCAUCGUUUUUGGGGAUGGCAAAAAGUUGUUUUAACUUUAAUUUUGCUUUCCCAAUUAUCUGCUUUUGUUGCUAUAUGUACAGGUGUUUGUGCACCUUGUUUCCCUCCAUCAACUUUUUGUUUCACAAUUUCACUUUUUAUUGCCAUGUUACUUUCAAUGUUGUCUGAUGGAGUUUUCUUUUUUUCUGCAAAUCGAGUAGAUAUUCGAUUUGUUACUGGUAAAUUAUUAAUUAUCUUUGAAAGAAAGGAAAAAGUUAUUGUUUUAAACGGUGAUAAAAAAGAAAGUUUUUGUCAGAAAAUUUUAUGUAGAGUUUAA